AUUAUUGUGGCAACUCCGGGGCGGCUUUUGGACUUCAUUGAUGCGUCCAUGCUGGACAUAGGCUUGGUGGGGUACCUUGUGUUGGAUGAGGCGGACAAGAUGCUGUCGCUUGGCUUACGGCCGCAGUUGGAUCCCUAUGCUCUAUAUGUCCAGGUGCUGCUCUUCACGGCUACAAUGCCAGUUGAGCUGGAGGAGACGGCUCAACAGUGGCAGCAGAAACCUGUGGUGCUGCAUGUCAGCGUUUCAGGGGCCUCGAUCAGCCGCUCAGUGGUCCAGGUCUGUCGCUGCCUGAUGAUAAUGCAUGGAAACCUUUUGCUGCAGGAGGCCAGCAAGGGCACGCGCAACCCACCGCGCGUCCUGGUGUUUGCCAACCGGAUCAAGACAGUGCGCUUUCUGCACACCACCAUCUCCGCUGCCGGGAUGAAGGCUGCCACGCUGCAUGGAGACCGGUCACAAGCGGAGCGCGAGGAGGCGAUGCGCGACUUCAGGAGCGGCAAGGUGCAAAUUCUCGUGGCGACUGAUGUGGCGGCGCGCGGUCUGCACAUCCGCGGGCUACCCUACAUUAUAAACUACGAUUUCCCCUCGCGCCUGGAACCCUACAUUCACCGCGUCGGCCGCACCGGCCGCCUCGCCUCCAGCGGCCACGCCUUCAGCUUUUUCACGCGCAAUCUCGCGCCCCUUGCGCGCCCCUUGCUCGCCCUCCUGCAGGUGCGCCACCCCUCGCGUGCUUAA